AUGAAGAUUUUUGUAACUCUCUUGCUUCUCGGCGCCUUUGUCGCAUAUGUGUCGGCUUUUGAGAUGCCCUUUCACAAGGCUGUGUUCAAAUUCCUAGAUGAGCGACAUGAUGAAAGAAUGGCACAGGUUGUGAGAGACUUUGGAUUACCAGAAGACACUUUGGCGUUUAAUGAUAUCAAUGCCCCCAACGCUACAGCACCUGCCAAACCAGAGGGACUCCCACCAUUUAUUGUAAGUUGAAGCAAUACUCCUUACGGCUUCCUAUUUUGUAUUUGUUCUCAGAUUACCAAAAUUUCGUGAAAAGUCAGUUAUUGUGCUUGUGUGCAUAUCACAAUUUUUAAUUCUGCCAAGUUGGCAAUUAGAUUGGGUAUUAUAUUUAUAUAACCUCUUUUUUCUUAAAUCAUCAUGGCUUGAGCAAUACAUUUAUUGGCUUUGAAGAAUUAUUUUCUCAUCUUCACCCUGAGAAAUAAUCGACAAAACACAAUCGCCUUCCUUUGGAAAAUGGUCGUCAAAUACUCGUCUAAAGAUCAUUUUGUUGUUGCUUAUUACAGCUAGCAUGCGUGGGUAAGGCACAAGUCUGUUGGAAGGUUGCGGGUCAUGACGAAUGUAAAAAGCUCGGAUGCAUCGACAACUUUUUUAAGUGUAUAAAAGAAAACCAUCCCACUCCGCUGCCAGAGCUUUCCCCACUACAGGUAAAGCAGCUCAGUAUUAUACUAACGUCACAGCUAUGAUUUUCUCUUUUUUUUCUUUAAUUUGUGCAACACCCAGGUCUGAUUAAUAUGUAAUUUCUCCCCAUGAUAUUCAUACAUUAUCCAGCAAUUAGGUGAUAAGAAUAUUCAAACUUAUCAAGGAAAAAUUCUUAUCUUGAUCCAACACCAAAUUCUCAAUACUAAUUUACAAGGAAAUGUGUAGCAGCUAGAAGGGAGAAUUAACAAUCAGAUCUUAGGAGUUAAAGGGUGAAAGCAGAUAAACUCUUUGAAACCUUCCAACUGGGCCACGCAACUUUUUUGUGAUGCAUUUUUAGUAACUGUCAUUCAAGGCGUAAGCUUGGCUUGCAAUUCUGCAAAUUUUAAAUUUUUGACGCAAAAUACACAUCUGCGAUUUACCUUUAAAAAUCUUAAGUAAAACAUCUUACACACAGAAGCAGUUUACUUUAAAGGAUGAUGAUUCCAACGGCACACCAAUUUACCAUUGCAGAAAUAUGUAUAUACAUAUACAUACAUAGGGAGGAUUUUCCUUUUCCCCUUUUUCUUCGCCAGUUACAUUGCAAUAACUUUUCCUGCUUCAUUUUGUUUUUAUCUGCCCUCGCUUUCUUUUAUUCACGUUAGCAGUUGCAACGUACUUUCUAUUAAAGAUUGUUCCAAUGAUCUUACCAGAGCUAGGAAAACAAAUGUGGCAUCGAUAGUAAAAUAUUUCAGACCUGACCUGCUAUUUAAGCACUGUCCAAUUAAUACUUAGUUAUGAUCAUGAACUCUUUUCCCUUUGAAUACUUUAAUUUGUCUGUAUUAACUAAUCAUAUUUGCGUUUGUUUCCCCUGCAGAAAGGCUGCUUAUUUUUGCUUCACAUAUGCAGAAAAGGUUCUCCUACUUGUGCUGGUGAAUUGUGCUGCUUCACUCGUAUUAAGAAGUGCUUCGAAUUAGCAGAGGGAAAGGAGUAA